CCUUAGACUGGUCCAGCCAAGCGGUGGCGCGGGAACCUGAUACGGUUAUCGUAAUGCCUUAUACCAGCCACACAACUUUCCUUCUACUAUCAUGGGCGACGACAGUGGGCUGUCUGAGAAAAGAACUCUGUGUGUUGCACAAUACUGGCGCGGACACGAUUCCAAUGCCAGCAGCUCUGGGAAAGAACAUUCAGAUCAAGUAGAUCACUGGGGGACUUGUUACCAAGCGAUUGGCAACAUCGACACCCUUACCUACUCUUGCAUUGAAGACGAAUGUAUGGAAAUUCUUGCUGAAGGCUAUCGUGGUUGUCUGGCGGUCGGAGAGAUUGAUGUGUUCUCGGAAAAAGAGAUAGGCGCGUUGCUUCGACAAGUAACCGUAUAUCGAGGCAGAGAAAACUGGAACUGUCAGAACUGGGUGCUUGCCGCUCUCGAGAGGCUUAAAGCUUCUAAUCAUAUCGCGAGCAACAUAUCACGCGAUGGCGUUCGCAACGAACUAGAGGAUAUUCCUAAACGAUUGGAUAGAAUGAUCGUGAUCAAUCUCCACCGUCCAUGCAUUGUGGCCAUGCUAUCGUUGUUCGCUUCGUAUAAAUUGUAUUAGUACAUGUGUAUUGGCAAUUGCUGAACACCUAAAGGCUAGGCAACACGAGGCUGCUUUUGUGCAGAUUCUUGUGUAAUACCUCUCGGGUUAGGCCGAACACGCCUUUGAUGCAGCUCCCCUUCAGCUCCUCAAAAACCUCUCGGAUACUCUGUUAAGAUAACUUGUGCCUGUGUUUAUGCACCCCGGAUCUUCCAUCGCUAAGUCGAGACUUCUGCAAUUUAGUUCGUUAUCAGAUGGUUUGGUGCCGCAUUAAUCUGAAUCUCACGAUCCUGGGCCUUGCAAAG